AUGGGAAUGGGAAGUAACGGCGAAUUGAAGUAUGAGAUCUCCCAGGACGCGUACAUUAAACUCGUUCUCCACUCGCUGCGACACAAGACGGCGGCGGUCAACGGAGUCCUCGUCGGUCGAAUCAGCCCUAAGGACGAAGGAGUUGUAGAGAUCUCCGAUUCUGUGCCACUGUUUCACUCUAACCUCGCUCUCCUCCCUCCUCUCGAGAUCUCACUCAUCAUGUUGAACAGCAAAAAGCUUGAAGCACUACCAAAGAGUAAAGAGCGAAGCCCUGUGAUGCAGCUUUGUGUGAAGGAUGCUUCCAAGAACUGGAGAGUGGUUGGAGCAGAUGGAGGAAGCAAGCUACUGUUGAAAGAGCCAUCGGCCAAUGUAGUUUUGUCAGAUUACAUCUCAUCUGAGAAAUGGAAGGACGUCAUAGAUCUUGAUGAUCAUCUUGAUGAUGUCACCAAGGACUGGCUAAACCCUGGACUUUUCAACUGA